CCGAGCUGGAGCCGCGUCCCCAGUGUGCCCUCUCUGCGAGGGCCCACGUGUCUCGGCAGCAGCCGCUGUCACUCUGUGACUUGCAGGUAACGGGAGACCAUGGAGAGGACACCUGGACGCUCGAGAAGCCGGAAAAUGGAACUGUUGUCAUUCAGGGAUGUGUCCAUAGAAUUCUCUCUGGAGGAGUGGGCAUGCCUGGACACUGCUCAGAAGAAUUUGUAUCGGGAUGUGAUGUUGGAGAACUACAGAAACCUGGUCUCACUGGGUCUUGCUGUGUCUAAGCGAGAUCUCAUCAUCUGUUUGGAGCAAAGCAAAGAACCCUGGAUGGUGAAGAAACACAAGACAAUAGCCAAACACCCAGCUAUAUCUCCUUGCUAUAUUCAAGACUAUUUGCCAGAGCGGGGAAUAGAAGAUUCAUUCCAAAAAGUGAUAUUGAGAAGUUAUGGAAGAUGUGGGCUCGAGAAUUUAACCUUAAGGAAAGACUGGGAAAGUGUGGGUGACUGUAAGGGUCAGAAAAGCGGUUACAGUGGAUUUAACCAAUAUGCAACAACUACCCAUUGCAAAAUCUUCCAAUAUAAUAAUUUUUUGAAAGUCUUUAGGAAAUUGUCAAAUCUAAGUAGACAUAAUAUAAGGCAUACUGUUGAGAAACCUUCCAAAUUGAAGGAAUGUGAUAAAGCCUUUAACCUAUGGUCAAACUUUACUGAACAUAAAAGAAUUCAUACUGGAGAGAAAUAUUACAAAUGUGAAGAAUGUGGCAAAGCAUUUAUCCAGAAGUCAAACCUUUCUAAUCAUAAGAGAAUUCAUACUGGAGAGAAACCCUACAAAUGUGAAGAAUGUGGCAAAGCUUUUACCCAGUGCUCACACCUCACUGUACAUAAGAGAGUGCAUACUGGAGAGAAACUCUACAAAUGUGAAGAAUGUGGCAAAGCAUUUAACCACAAAUCAAGCCUUUGUAAUCAUAAGAGAAUUCAUACUGGAGAGAAACCCUACAAAUGUGAAGAAUGUGGCAAAGCCUUUACCCAGCGCUCACACUUUACUGUACAUAAGAGAAUUCAUACUGGAGAGAAACCCUACCAAUGUGAAGAAUGUGGCAAAGCUUUUGCCCAGUACUCAAACUUCACUAUACAUAAGAGAGUGCAUACUGGAGAGAAACCCUACAAAUGUGAGGAAUGUAGCAAAGCCUUUAGAUUUAACUCACAUCUUAGUAUACAUAAAAGAUUUCAUACUGGAGAGAAACCCUACAAAUGUGAAGAAUGUGGCAAUGUUUUUAAAUAUUCCUCAGGCCUUUUGCGUCAUAAGAAAACCCAUACUACAGAGAAACCCUACAAGUGUGAAGAAUGUGGCAAAGCCUUUACGCAGUACUUACACCUCACUAAACAUAAGAGAAUUCAUGCUGGAGGGAAACUCUACAAAUGUGAAGAAUGUGGCAGUGUCUUUAAUUAUGCCUCAAGUCUUUCUUAUCAUAAGAAAGUCCAUACUGGAGAGAAACCCUACAAAUGUGAAGAAUGUGGCAAUGUUUUUAAAUAUUCCUCAGGCCUUUUGCGUCAUAAGAAAAUCCAUACUGGAGAGAAACCCUACAAGUGUGAAGAAUGUGGCAAAGCCUUUACGCAGUACUUACACCUCACUAAACAUAAGAGAAUUCAUACUGGAGGGAAACUCUACAAAGGUGAAGAAUGUGGCAGUGUCUUUAAUUAUGCCUCAAGUCUUUCUUGUCAUAAGAAAGUCCAUACUGGAGAGAAACCCUACAAGUGUGAAGAAUGUGGCAAAGCCUUUACCCACUACUCAAACCUCUGUGAACAUAAGAGAAUUCAUACAGGAGAGAAACCCUACAAAUGUGAGGAAUGUAGCAAAGCCUUUAGGCGUUACUCACAUCUUAGUACACAUACAAGAAUUCAUACUGGAGAGAAACCCUACAAAUGUGAAGAAUGUAAUAAAGCCUUUAAACGGAAGUCAAACCUGACUGACCAUAAGAGAAUUCAUACAGGAGAGAAACCCUACAAAUGUGAAGAAUGUGGCAAAGCGUUUACUCAGUACCAACAUCUAACUAUGCAUAAGACAGUUCAUACUGCAGAGAAACCCCACAUAUGUGUAGAAUGUGGCAAAGUCUUUAAAUAUAUGUCAAGCCUAUUUAGUCAUAAGAGAAUGCAUAUUCGAGAGAAACCCUACAAAUGCGAAGAAUGUGGCAAAGCCUUUAUCUGGCACUGUCAACUUAUUAGGCAUGAGAGAAUUCAUAUAUGAGGAAAAUCCUAUGAAUGUAAAAAUGUGGAAAUGCCAUUAGUAACUGCUCACAUAUUCCUUGACAUCAGAGAGUUUAUACUGAAUAGAAAUGGUAUAAAUGUAAUAACUGCUGAAAUACCUUUCACAAAAUAAAAGCCUUAGAGUGCAUCAGAACAUUAAUGGAGAAAAAUACUAUUAUAACUACAAAGAGUGAAACCACAAGAAUUCUAGAAGAAAAUGUUGGGAAAACUCUUAUAUAUAUCAUCCUAGGCGGAGAAUUUAUGAAAAAGACGCCAAAAGCAAUCACAGCACCAAUAAAAAUAAAUAAAUGGGACCCAAUAAAAUCAAAUAGCUCUGCACAGGCAAGGAAACAAUCAUUAGAGGAAAAGGAUAACCUACGGAAUGGGAGAAAAUGUUUGCAUGCUACACAUCCAACAAAGGGCUUUUAACUAGAAUCUAUACAGAACUUAGGCAAAUCAACAGGAAAUAAUCAAACAACUCCAUUAAAAAGUAUUCAAAAGACUUGAACUGAAGCUUGUCAAAAGAAGAUAGACUAAUGGCCAACAAACAUGAAAAAAUGCUCAACAUCUCUAAUCAUCAGGGAGAUAAAAAUCA